CUUCGCGCGGCCCAUCAACGUUUAUUACGGAGAUCUUACACUUGAAACGGGGGGUCUUCUUGCUGUUAUCUUCUCUUCUGAGUCUUUCUGAUCAAGAGAUUCAGCCUUCGGUAGGUGUAAUUGUCCUCUCCUCUAUCUUACAAUGGAAAAAAGGCAGUGCUCAUACCUACUCUCCCCCCCCGUAACCAGUGAUUUAUCGGUUCUCCCGCACACCAUCUGAACACUCAAGGGAUCCCCUCCAAUUGGGCCAAUUCUGGGAACUUAUAAUCCAAAAUGUCUCUUGUCAAUCUCGCCCACGUUUGCUCCCAUCUAAACAACGCCACCAAGGCCCGCUUGGGUCUCACAUCCAUCCCGAACACGCAGCUCCACCUGAAAUUGUGCCUUGCUCUCCAAAACUCUGGUUACAUCUCUUCUGUCGUCCGCGGAGGCCCGACUCCCCCUCCUCAACAUACUCUUCUGGGUGUUCCGUCGGUAAAUGAUGAAGUUGAAGGCGUACAAUCGUUGACCCAAAGCAAUGUCGCCUCAAGGCGUCUCUGGCUUGGGCUCAAGUACUGGCAGAGCGAUCCUGUCCUCGGCAAGAUGAGCAUGGUUAGCAAGCCCAAGAGAAGGAUCACGAUCGAUGUCGCAGGUCUCCGAGAAGUGAUUCGUGGCGAAAAGAGUGGAUAUGUGGAAGGUUUGCGGUCCCCCGGUGAAAGUUUAUACCUAUCGACGGACCGCGGUAUUAUGGAAGCGCGAGAGUGUGUUGAGAAGCAGGUGGGAGGCUUGGUUCUUUGCCGGGUGCUCUAAAUAAUUGAUAUGGUUGUGGAAAGGCAAAACAAGAUAGAGCGUUUCUUUCAUAUGUGUUGGAUGCUGUGGGUUUUGCAUUUGAACCGGAGUUUGGUCAGUCGCAAUGCCUCCGCCCAUGAUUUGUAUCUUCUUGUUUUUUAUGUUUGCGACAGCUGGGAUGGAUACCUUGUACAGUAACAUAGGAUCGACUUCAUGUAUUACUUAGUUUUCCUUCAUUUUGUGCUUCUGUCUAUGACCUGGCUGUUUUUUAGACCGUCCACUACUAUUAUACAGCGUUGUGUACAUGGCUUGGAACUG